AUGGCAUCACCUUACCCUCCGUCAAAUUCAUAUUCUCCGGCUGAAAUAGGGUCUGGGCCUAACAAAACCGUUUCCGACUUGCCCCAGGCUCAAGUGGACGCCAUAAUUCGCACGAAGCGCAAGGCUCGAGAACCGAAAGCCUGCUACCCGUGCCAUGCGCGUAAGGUGAAGUGCGAUCGAAACUUGCCGUGCGAUGGAUGUGUCAAGCGUGAUCAUGCUGAUCUCUGCUCCUACGAAAGACCCUCCAAAAAGCGGUCACAGGCUCUAACGGAGAGCCCAAUUGGUGCUGCUUCUGCAUCAUCCAUGACAGAGCAAGCAACCUAUAGCUACGAGGGAACCCCAUCACAUGUGAAAACAGAGCCCUUUCCGAUUCGCGACAGUGGCAUCACCCCAGGCGCCCGUGUAUCAAUCGCUCGUGACGAAUGGGACAAUGUACGCAACCGCCUGCGCGAAAUGGAGUCCACCAUAUCGUCUUUGCGCAUGGGUCUUGAACGGGCCGAGGAAACACCCGCUGCUUUAGACUCCGGCAGUGUACAGAGUGGGGAUGCAAGUUCCCGGUCAAAGAAUGCUUCACCCGAACGCGAGGGCAUUCAUGCGGCGAACACUCUUGGCCAGGGUACCGUCCAUUUAGGAUCACGAUCGGUCCUGGCGUAUAUAUUGAACAAUAAGUCGGGGUCCGAUCAACUCCAGGCACUCCUCGAGGGUGGAAUACUCCCCAAGUUAGGACUCGAUAAUGAAUCAGCAACUUAUCCGUUUGUUGACCUGUGGUCGACAGAUAUGUCAUCGUUUGAUAUUAGCGCUGUCUGCAGCGCACUUCCAAUUGAUCAACAAUGCAGAGAGUUCUUUUUCUACUACAAGGACAUCGCAGGAGCCAUUUACCCCGUCCUUGAAGAUGUCGAAGCCUUUGAGAACACACUCGAGCUACUCAUGCAGAGCAGAGCAGCAUCUGGUGGAAUUUACCGAAAGGAAGCCAACGCAGCACAACCACCAUUUGGAGUAAGCGUCGCCUAUUUGGGCCUAUUGUUCGCCGUUUUAGCAUCUGGUUGCCAGUCAUCCAACAUGGGCAGCAAGGAGAGAGAAUUGACUUCUCAGUGUCUUCGCAUGACCAAUUUUCUAUCCCAGCCCACAAUUGAAGCCAUCCAAACGCUUUUGGUCAUUGGAAAUGUAUUGUCUUAUAACAUGAAUCCUGGAAUCUCAUAUGUGCUGUUGGGCAUGACUCUUCGUAUGGGCUUAGCGCUGGGCCUGCAUGUGGAAUCAAGCAGAUUCUCACCAGCUGAGCGAUACCGUCGGCGACACACUUGGUGGUCUAUGGCAUGGCAAGACAGCCAUUUUUCGCUUUCCUAUGACCGCCCUUCCACUACAGCGGUGAGCCAGCCAGAUAUCGCAUACUUAGAUGGGUAUAGACCGGGUGAUCUCACUUAUUUUGAAACCCUCUCCCGCAUCAUGUCAUUGGCUUUGGAAGUUGUUCGCACUCGAAUGCUCAGUGCGCAUUCACAAAUGACCUUUGAAAACUUCCAGGGCUACAAAGAAAGGAUUCAAAAAGUCAUGAACGAAGCCAAGCCAUAUCUGCGGGAAAGCCAAUGGUGUACGACAUCAAAAGAUCAUCUGGAGCGUGUUGUGCUUAAACUCCACUCCUCCUAUUUCUCUUCCGAGCUUUGUCGACCUGCACUCAAGCUGACAGCCAAUACCUCUGGCCCGAGCAAUUCCAGUAUGCGCGAAGACUGCGUGGCUAACCUGAUGGUAACUGUAGAGGCCUAUGUUGAAAUGCACAACAUCAGCCCCGUCGCAUCCCGAUCCUGGAUUGCGUUACAACGAGCAAUCAGUUCCGCUUUUCUUCUAGCUGUUGUCGAAGAGUCGAAGUCCAAUCCGAAUGUCUGGGAACUUCUACGACAAUUGGAAGGUAUAAUUGCCGAACGAGCCAGCAGUGAACAGGCAUAUAGCAACAACGGAGUCAAUGGCGGCACAAACAACAUGACCUCUCCAACCACCUACGAUCCAAUCACAGGCGCCACAAAUACCACCGACUCAAAUUUCCCUGCGGGCAAUGCCCCGGAAACUUCUUCACAGUGGGCCAAGUCGCUAGCCAAAACCCAUCGCGCUUUGCAGAAACUUCUCACAGCAUUUGGGAAUCUGCCGCCGCGGCCUGGAAGUGUACGAAGUCCUGCUGCAUACCCACCACAGCUUAAUCAGAACUCCAUUCACGUUGCACACGGCGGCUUUGUUCCUCCAACAGCAUCAGCCCUGACACCUAGUGUUAGCUCCCUCCCACCUCCUACUCCAGAGAGCUCAGGAAGUGGCGAGUGGUCAAUACCCAACCUCCUUGAUCGUGCAUCGGAAUAUAUUCAUCCACCCCUUUGGGACUAG